UCACCACGAUCUUUAUUUCUUCUUUUCUGGGCCGUUAAAUCUGUCCCAGUAACCUCUUGCACUUGUCUAACUCCAUAUCACCACAGACUCAUAUUUUUCAAGCGAUCCGACAUCUGCGAAAAUGAAGAGCUCUCUGAUUCUCGCCGCCUCUGGCGCUCUCAUGGCCUCGGCCAGCCCCAUUCUCCAGGAUAGACGCGUCCACUUCACCACCAAGGUUGUUGAGGAGUGGGUUACCGUUACCGUCACUGCGGGAGGCGUGCCUUUUGCUACCGUCAACGCCUUCCAUGAGCAUGGCCCUGGCCGCCCGGUGUACUCUGCGCAUCCUCAGGAAGCUUCUGCGGCCACGGUCCAGCCGACUAGCCAGGCUCCCGCCCCGGUGCCCACCCCUUCUUCCAGCAGCAUUGUCGUCGUUGCCCCGCCCCCUGCUCCGGAGACUACUUCGUCUACCGUCAUCAUUGUUCCGGUUAGCUCCAGCACUCAGCAGCCCGCGCCGACUACUGCGCCUGCUGUCGUUGCUGCACCUCCUGCUACCACUAGCACCAUGCAGGAACGUGCUACUACCAAAGUAGACUCUCCCGCUGCCCCUAGCGGUAGCGACUACGCCAGCACGCUUCUCUAUCACCACAACAUCCACCGCAGCAACCACUCUGCUGGUGCUAUGACUUGGGGAGAGACCUAUGCCAACUAUGCUCAGCAAGCUGCGGCCUCAUGCGUAUUCCAGCAUGACCUGACUCCCGGCGGUGGUGGUUAUGGUCAAAACAUUGCCAUGUGGGGCUCUUCCGACAAGCAGACCGUUCAAGAUGUCGGCGCUGUCAAAGCCGGUGCUCAGGCCACAACUAACAUGUGGUAUAACGGGGAGCUUUCCCUUUGGCCUGCCUCCGACUAUGGAAAGGCGAACCCGGACAUGUCUAACUUCGAGGGCUGGGGUCAUUUCUCUCAGCUCGUUUGGAAGGAGUCCAAGGAGCUUGGCUGCUUUACCCAGUUCUGUCCUCAGGGUACCAUGAGCUCGCAGAUGGACGUCUGGUACACUGUCUGCAACUAUUAUCCUGCCGGCAACAUGGGCGGUGAAUACGGCAAGAACGUUUCCCCUCCCCUCAACGAGGCUCUCGUCGUUGCUUAAAUGCACCCCAAAGACUUGCAUUUUCGCAGGC